AUGGUGAAAACCACGGUACGUACUGGUAUGUGGGUGUUACCCGGAAUACAGAAGGAGAAUGGUUUUGGAGUAAUGGCAAACAUGUUCAUGUCACUGAAAAUGAACAUGACGUUAGAUGUGGUAUUGUAUUUCAAGGCAGAGUCGAUGAUCACCGGUGUGAUGACAAGUGUGGAUGAUAACAGUGUAGAUGAUGACAGUGUGGAUGAUGACAGUGUGGAUGAUGACAGUGAGGAUGAUGACAGUGUGGAUGAUGACAGUGAGGAUGAUGACAGUGAGGAUGAUGACAGUGUGGAUGAUGACAGUGUGGAUGAUGACAGUGAGGAGGAUGACAGUGGUGAUGAUGCUAGUGAGGAUGAUGACAGUGUGGAUGGUGCUAGUGAGGAUGAUGACAGUGUGGAUGAUAACAGUGUGGAUGAUGACAGUGAGGAGGAUGACAGAGUGGAUGAUGCUAGUGAGGAUGAUGACAGUGUGGAUGAUGCUAGUGAGGAUGAUGACAGUGUGGAUGAUGACAGUGAGGAUGAUGACAGUGUGGAUGAUGACAGUGAGGAUGAUGACAGUGUGGAUGAUGACAGUGAGGAUGAUGACAGUAUGGAUGAUGAUGACAGUGUGGAUGAUGACGACAUUGUGGAUGAUGUCAGAGUGGAUGAUGACAGAGUGGAUGAUGCUAGUGAGGAUGGUGACAGUGUGGAUGAUGCUUGUGAAGAUGAUAACAAUGUGGAUGAUGAUGACAGUAUGGAUGAUAACCAUUUCACUUCCGUCCUUACUGAUAAUGCCAACUUCGAUGCCAGCUUUGUUGAUAUUGAUGGCAUACUCUACGGUAUGUAUCCUCUGUACAAAACGUACGAUGAAGCUGACGACUUCUGCAAAUCAUUGUCUGGAAGAUUGGCAGCACUGGAUACACAGAAAAAAUAUGACAUCGUAACUAAUGUAGUAAUGAAGACUACAGAAAGUGCUUGGAGAAUCGGGGCUUCCCAAAAUGCUAAUGGUACCUGGAGUUGGAGCAGUGGCCUUCCCGCGUACCUUUCAGUCGUGAACGAGUACACACCGUGUGCUGCUAUAUAUGACGGUAAAUUGGAUGAUCAUGAGUGCAGCCUGGCUUGUCCUUUCGUGUGUGAAAUACUCUGA